UAAAGAUAACGAAUCAUUCCUAACAGUGUCUUUUAUUUCAAGAACCGUAGGAUAAAAAUACCAGAUAUUAAGCGACCUAAAUAAAGCAUUAGCGGAUGCACUCCAAAAGCAAGGGUGCAGUUAACUAGCCAGUUGGUUAACCGGGGAUGGUUAAUUACAUCUUGGUAAAUGAUGCUGCUUGUAUUUCGGAUUGGGCUUCUUCGUUGUACCUCGUAUUCUAAGCAGCAGCAAGGGUGCCUGUCUAACGCAAAACCGCUAAGGAUAACAGCCUACACAUUGCGAGCACGGAGCUUCAUAGAUACUCUGAUCAUCAGCGAGGGAGACAUUAUUAUCGUCACCGGGGGCAACGGAGGCACGAUUAGACAAUGGCCACCAUGUAAUUCGAAAAAGGUCUGUUAUGUGUGAAAUCUGUGCUAUACUUGGGAGUUAGAAUUGGAUAAACGUUAUUGGAAUAGCGGCUUCUUGCUACAUCUCUCAACAUGAGCAGCCCUCAGCCUGCUCAGGAGGCUGGGGUGUCUGAUCUUGAGAUCAUAUCCCAGCAGGUGGAGGAGGAGAGCCAGUGCAUCGCUCCAGUCCAGCUUGUGAACUUCGCUUACAGAGACCUGCCCCUCACGGGUCUCGACCUCUCCCUGGCCGGGUCCCAACUCCUGUCGAACCCGGAUGAGGAGGAUCAAAGAGAAAGCUCUAAUUGGUUGAAGCCGUGCUGUGGGAGACGAGCUGCGAUCUGGCAGGUGUUCCUGCUCAGUGCUGCACUCAACUGUUUCUUGGUGGCUUGUGUGGUGCUGGUGGUGGUUCUCCUGGCUCUGGAACUUCUCAUAGACACCAAGCUGCUGCAGUUUACCAGUGCAUUCCAGUUUGCAGGUAUCAUCCACUGGAUCAGCCUUGUGAUUCUGUCUGUGUUCUUCACAGAGACUGUCUUUAGGAUUGUGGUCCUGGGUGUCUGGGAUUACAUAGAGAACAAAGUUGAGGUGUUCGACGGUGCUGUAAUUGUCCUCUCCUUGGCCCCAAUGGUGGCCUCCACUGUAGCAAACGGACCCAGCAGCCCCUGGGACGCCAUCAGCCUCAUCAUCAUGCUGCGCAUUUGGAGGGUGAAGAGGAUCAUUGACGCGUACGUGGUGCCAGUGAAGGUGGAGAUGGAGAUGGUUAUGGAGCAGUAUGAGAAAGCCAAGGCAGUGCGGGAGGAGCAGCUGGAGAGGCUCACUCAGAUCUGCCAGGAGCAAGCGUUUGAAAUCAGGCAGCUCCGGGCACACUUGGGCCAGCAGGACCUGGACCUGGCGGUGGAGCGGGAGGCCGCGAUGCAGAUCCACCACGCGUGGAACAAGCAGAGCAGCCAGUUCAAGGUACUGGACGGGCUGGCCAUGGGAGAGUCGGACGACGAGGGGGCGAGGAAUAUCCGAGAGGCUCGGCAGACACAAGAGCCUGUUGUCCGAGAUGACAUGAACAACUAUAUCAGCCAGUAUUACAGUGAAGCGAGCAGUGAGGUGGGAGUUCCAGAAGCUGGCACGCGUGUCAUCACCACGACGGCUAUCGACGUGCACCUCCCCAGCAACCCCCACUACAUCUCCUCGGAUCUGCUGACGGUAGAGGCCCCCGGAAAGCUGCAGCGCACAGGGAGCUCUGUCAGCGACACCUCGGGGACUGUCUCCCGCUCCACAGACAGCUCCACCACCAGGAACCAGAGCGGGAGCAGCCAGACGCUCGGCUCCUCCACAGACUGCAGCACAACCCGGGAGGGCUCCUCAGACUGCUGCCCAGCGGAGCAGUCACGGGGCCACUAUCAACACCAGGAGGACCUGGGCCCGGCUGGACAGAGGGACGCCAGCGCCGUGGUCCAGGAGCUCCUGUCCUCCCUCACUGAGGACUCCUGUCUGACGCAGAAGAGGCUGGACCCAGUUAACCUUAAGCUACCUAGCCCUGCGGGGUCAAACAAAACAAGCCCAGAGCUGGAGCACAGAAUGAAUAUUUACAACAAGAGGAACCAGGAGAGCCUCAAUUUAUGCCAGACUAAACCACUCAUUCAUUUCCACGGGAACGAGCCCAACCUGGAGGAGAAGUACAGGUUUCUGGAGUCGGCUGGUGGUUCUGAGCCGGCCGCCGAACACAUAGUGAGCGGGUAGCGUUGCCAACGGCAGCACUAGCAGCAGCCUUUUUGAGCCAGCAAUGACAAAUUCCUCAUGCCUCAAAGAAAGCUUUUUGUGGCCUCGCUCUUGUUGAGCUCCCUCCCUAUCGAAGCACUUUAGAAGUGUGGUCAAGACUAACACACAGAUGCAUUAGGAGAGCAUUGUGGAGGGAGAGUUUAAGAGCCAGCGUUGAACAAUCAUCAGGAAUUUUCACUUAAAAGGUUCCAUAAAAAAAAUAUAUAAAACCAGCAAGGGACCGUGCUCAAGCUUUUAUGAAACAACAGUAUUGUUUUUUAAAACAUCUGUAAAACAAUCUUUGAUCAGGCUACACCAGGGUACAUUUGAUUGGAUGAGUUGUAUUGACAGCAAAUUUCUUACCUUAACCUUUCUACAUUACAGAUGUUGAAAUUUGUAUUUAAAUUAAAGAGAGGGGGAAAAAUGUUCACGGCAGUAUUUUUAAACAGAUCCAGGACUUGUUUUUGGGGCACCUGGGUGUGUUGAUUGGUUGGAGAAUGCACUAGAAUUGAAAGGAACCAUAUGAAAUGUUUGUAGCAUGAACCUAUUUAAAAAAAAAAAAAAAAAACUUUUUUGAACAUGUGAAAAUAAUCCAGUGCACUAAUGUUUACAGCAGUAUUUUAUAACAAUGAACAUGGCAAAUGAGAUGCAGACUGCUAACAGCACUGAAUUAAAGCGACGUUUGUAAAAUGAUGGGAAUGAGAAUGGCUUUAUCUUGUUUAUUACAUUUAGCAGCACUUUCUUUUUCUUUUGUCACUGUGACUUUGGAACAUCUUAAAACAUCCACGCUUCCCAGAAUCUGCAUUGAUUAAGUGUUGCAACCACCCAAUUAAUGAAUGACAGGGUUCUCAAUACCUAAUGAUGUUGUGUUGCUUAGAUCAGUGUUUCCCAACCCUGGUCCUGGAGACCCCCUGUGUCUGCUGGUUUUCAUUCCAAUGGAGCUUUCAAUUAAUUAACUAGACCCUUCAUUGAACAAUCAUUUACAUAGUUAAGUAAUUCAGAGCUCAAUUGGAAUGAAAAGCCGGGGGGGGGGGGGGGGGGGGGCCCUCAGGCCUGAGUUUGGAAACCACUGGCUUAGAUAACUAGCUGUUUGUACAGUAGUUCCUACAAUUCUUUUAGUCUCCUCAAAGACUUUUUUAAAGAGAUGGUACAUCUCUACAGUCCCAAAGUUUAAUAGUAGUCUUUUAGAGAGGCGCUGUGCAUGGGUGAAGCACACUGUCAGGAGAUUGCUUUGUCAAUCGACUGCAAUUGAUACUUUGCGAUUUUAAGUUAUCACCAAAAUAAACACAGCAAAAAGGGCAAAUUAACUUGACAUUCUCGUGACUAGGGAAAUAGUGACACACUUUAUAUUAAAAACCUAUUUUAAGCAUCGUUUACAAGUGUAAAGAUUUACUAUGCCAGUGCUAGACUCCAAAUAAGGAAAUGAGCGGAGUCAUUAACAAAUCUACAUAUUCACAUUCUUCAAGAUCCACCAAAACUGUGUUAUUGAUAACAAACACAAAUUAAGUAUACACCUAAUUCAUGCUAAUUGGUAUGUAUUAAUAAUUAACAUAUCGUAAAUUAACAAUCACUACUAAUUGUAUGCUAAUUAAAUAUGCAGCAACACUAUUAAUUAAAAUAACUUAAUUUUUAAUAUAUAUAUCAAUUACAUCUUCAUAAGAAUCUAAUAGAAAAUGUACACAACCACCCAGGCUAUUACAUGCUUUAUUUAUUUUUUAUCGCAUUCUAUUAAGAGUUAAUGGGCGGUUAUCUGCAGGACUUUUUAAUUUUAUUUUUUAUGAGACAUUAAUAAUGGGUGCUUCUGAACUUGAAAUUAAACCAGAAAGACAA